AUGGAAGCCAAGAUGAGAAGGAUCCUGAAACGCCAUCACAGCAUCUUUCUGGGAGAUGGUAAUAGAGCUCCGGCCCCGACUAGUGGUGUAGUGUGUGACAUCGAUGUCGGUGAAGCGAAACCGGUAGCUUUGCGUGCAAGACAUAUUGCUGUGCCUUUCUUGGCGAAGGUGUUUCAACUCUUGAAGAAGUUGUUAGAGGCAGAACCCAUUGGGCAUUCAGAGUCCGAGUGGCCAUCGCCCAUUGUGAUCGUGCUGAAGAAGAACGGCGUAGACAUCAGGAUGUACAUUGACUACCGACUUCUGAAUUUGCUCAUCAAGCUAUCCCGUUAUCCUCUGCCUCUGAUUGAUGAUAUGUUGGUAGAUGUUGAAUCCGCGAUGUGGUUCAUGAGUGUCGACAUGGCGUGUGGAUUCUUGGCAGUGCGUAUGGCUGAACGAGCGAAGUUGAUCUCUGCGUUCGUUUGCCCGUUCGGCCACUUCCAAUGGCUCCGAAUGCCGUUCGGAUUGAAGAAUGCGCCUUUAAUUUAUCAUAGCAUCAUCAACAACUGUCUGUGGGGAUUCGUCCGUCUACUUCCUGUAGAAGAAGCGAUGGUUGAUCCAGAAGUUCUAGAUUUUCUGAAUCUUGAGCCUCAAGAAGCCCUGAAACCCGAAGUAGAUAUGGGAGAUUCAGAGAUUCCAUUAUUGGAUAUGACUGUAUUCCGACGCAAUUUUCCGGCUCCAUCACAAAUGGGUCCGGUCUUGAGGAAAUGCUCAUAUACUGACGAUAUCGGUCAUGAGGCGUCGACCUAG